AGCUGAGAUUUCCACAAUCGAGAAACAACGGAAGGAGCUGCAGCUGCUCAUUGGAGAAUUAAAAGAUCGUGAUAAAGAACUAAAUGAUAUGGUCGCAGUGCAUCAAAGACAACUUCUUUCAUGGGAAGAGGAUCGGCAGAAAGUGUUGACUUUGGAAGAACGUUGCAGCAAAUUAGAAGGUGAACUACAUAAAAGAUCUGAAAUAAUCAGGUCACUCACGAAGAAGGUAAAAAUUCUUGAAUCCAAUCAAAUUGAAUGCCAGACAGCUCUUCAGAAGACUCAAUUACAGCUUCAGGAAAUGGCUCAAAAGGCAACUCAUUCUUCUCUCCUCUCUGAAGACCUUGAGGCUAGAAACGAAAAUCUCAGCAACACAUUAGUGGAACUUUCUGCUCAGGUAGGACAAUUACAAGCUCGAGAACAGGCUCUCACUACAAUGAUAAAGCUAAAGGACAAAGAUAUUAUUGAGGCAGUCAAUCACAUUGCAGACUGUUCAGGUAAAUUUAAACUGUUAGAGCAUGCUUUACGUGAUGCUAAGAUGGCGGAGACUUGUAUUGUGAAAGAAAAGCAAGAUUAUAAGCAGAAAUUGAAGGCACUUAAGAUUGAAGUCAAUAAACUAAAAGUAGAGAGAGAAAAGAGGAAAGAUGAGUUACUUGAUAUAGCAAAGUCAAAGCAAGAACGUACAAAUUCAGAACUGCAUAAUCUGAGACAGAUUUAUGUAAAACAACAGAAUGAUCUGCAGUUUCUUAAUUUCAAUGUGGAAAAUUCUCAGGAAUUCAUACAGAUGUAUGACUCAAAGAUGGAAGAAUCAAAGGCACUGGAAUCCAGCAGAGACAUGUGUUUAUCAGAACUUGAAAGUAACCACCCAAGACUCAAUGUUAAGAGGGAGAAAAAUCAGAAGUCACCGGUGAAGGACCAAAAAUUUGAGGCCAUGUUUGAACAGCUAAACAGGUCAGACACAAGUUCUUGUGAUGUAUGCAAAGAGAAGAAACUGCAGAUUAAUACUGCAUUUGUAUUUACAAAAGACUUAAUGGAAAAACAGAAGUCUUGGUCUGUGGGAGGAAAAAUCCAGAAUGAGCCUGAAAACAAAGUUACAUUGUGCAAAAUCCAUGCAAAAUCACCAAAAGGUAGUGGAAUUGGGAUGCAGAACGAAGUGAAACAGCUCUCAGAAACAUCUUUAUCUCAUGAAAAGCAGUGGCAUGAUGUCCAAGUUUACUUGGGUCUGGCCAACUGUUCUGGUUCAAAAGAACCAGAAAAGAUGGAUGUGGAAUGUCAAGAUCAAAUGGAAAGGUCAGAAAUCUCAUGUGGCCAGAAAAAUGAAGCCUCUCCAGGUGAAAGUGACAUGUGUGAAUCCAAAUGCUGCCACCCAAGUAACUUUAUAAUUGAAGCCCCAGGCCACAUGUCUGAUGUAGAAUGGAUGAGUAUUUUUAAGCCUUCCAAAAUGCAAAGAAUUGUCCGCCACAAAUCUGUGUGCACUUGUUCAGAAGGCGUCAGUGGGACAAAAUAUAACUCCUCAACGAGUGAAUUAAUUGCCAUCCAGCAUUCUCACUGUUUGGGUUCUUCAAAAUCUACCUUAAAAGAGGAUGAGACAGGGUCCUCUUCUGAUAAAAAGAAUUCAUCUAAGAGUUUGUUAAUCAACAAAGAUACAGCAUUGUGCAAAGGAAAGGAUGAUUUUUCGCCCACAAGUAAGCUGCAGCGUCUGCUGGCAGAAUCUCGGCAGAUGGUGACCGACCUGGAGCUGAGCACUCUGCUGCCCAUCACCUGCGAGAACCUCCACAGCAGUGCCAAAGAUGUACAGAACUUAGACGGCUCAGAAGAGUCAGCUCAAAAAAAUACCUUUGUGAGUUAUUGAAGAAAGCAAAAGUCAACUUUGAUGUUCACUGUGAUCAUGGAAGCAGAUUUCUCAUCUUUGUGAAAGGCAGAAAGCAGACAUCAAUACUUAACCUUAAAAUGAAAAGAGGAUUGUAAUCGUUCAUGAGCAACAUUUAAUACCAAAGGGGAGCAGAAUCUGAAAGUUAAUUGUUUAAACAUCUAUAUUUUGUUUAUUUUCAAAUUAACCUUUUUUGGGUGUAAGGAAUAUUUUUAUGUGUAAGAAAUUAGACCUUAUUGUGUAUAUACAAACUUGGAUUUAUGCUAAAAAAAAAAAAAGACUUCUCUAAAAGAUAUAAAACUACACUUAAAAAUUAGAGAAGCUCAAGGGAGGGAGGAGAAGAAAAAAAUUUAGAGAAGCUAAUUUUUAAUUAAUUUUAAUUUUUAAAGUGUGGACAUCAGAGAACCCCUGCAGAUAAAAUGCUAUUUAAACUGUCUGAUUUUUAAAAAACCUGUGCAUACUUUCAAAUGAUAACCAAUAGCUUAUCAGAGUCAGCUCCAAAUAUAUGAGAAAUAGUAUUCUCUUCUCUUGUGGUCUUAGCUCUGGACUAUGCUGUAUAAAUAGACAUAAAAUGAUAUGAUAUAAAAUGUUUUAACUGGAAAAUAUCUCCUUGGUUACUGACAAUUGAGGUCCUUCUGUCCCAAGCUGAGCAGAGCCCUAUCUUAUUUGUGUCUGUAGUAGUCCCAUCUACUCACACAAACAAAAGCUUGCUGGAAGAUGAAGUAAUAUAUACAUUUUUUAUAUUAUUAUUAAAGACUAAACACUUCUGUUUUAACUUGUAAAGUAAUUUAAUUUUUUAAAGAAUAUACUAUGUGCCUCUAUGUCCCUUCUAUAAGAAUUGAUCAGCUUCAGUCAAUAAAAGAUAUUUUUAAUAAGAAAGAAAAA